AUGUCUAUCAAUUUCAAAAAAAAUGUACCAGCUUUUAUAUUGUAUCGAUCUCGAAAGCAAGUUAAUGAGACCUCACUAGAUGUUAACUUGUUAAACUUUAGAGUUGCCGAAGAUAUAGUUUAUCAUGAUUUGUUGGAAGAUAAAAUUUCAAAUUCGCGUGAAAUACAAUCUGAAAAUGAAUAG